AUGAUUUGGAAAGAGGAAAGGAAGAGGAGGAGCGAGGAGCCAUGGCGGCUUUGGUUGCUGUUUGCGGUGGUCUAGGGAGGAAAAAGUUAACGCAUUUCGUCAAGGCUGCUCUCUGCCUCACAGAUCCUGGGAUUCACGCGGCGCUGUGGAGAAGUUGUUCACAAUAUAAACAGGUAGCCGGCAAUGAGGACCUGCCCAUUCCAAUGGAAAAUCCUCACAAGGAGCCUCUUAAAAAAUGUAUCUUGUGUGGAAAACGUGUAGAUUAUAAGAAUGUACAGCUUUUGUCCCAGUUUAUUUCUCCAUUUACUGGAUGCAUUUAUGGAAGGCACAUAACAGGUCUUUGUGGGAAGAAACAGAAAGAAAUCACAAAAGCAAUUAAGAGAGCUCAAAUAAUGGGGUUUAUGCCAGUUACAUACAAGGAUCCUGCAUAUCUCAAAGACCCUAAAGUUUGUAACAUCAAGUAUCGGGAAUAAAUUAUAGGAGUCUUAACAUCCGAGGGGGGAAAAAAAAAA